AUGACGACGCCCGACAGCCGCAGUAUACUGAGGGCACUGAGGCAGAGCAGGCCACAGAUGCAGACGGGAGAGAGGGCUCCUGUUCCUCAGUUUAGCUCAGUGAGGGCUCCGGUUCCUGAGUUUAGGGCAGAAAGAGCCCCUGUUUCCCCGUCCAGCCCACAGACGGCUCUCAUUUCUGAGUUUAGCCCAGAGAGGGCGCCGGUUUUCCCAUCCAGCCCAGAGAGGGCUCCAGUUUCCCUGUCCAGCCCAGUGAGGGCCCCUGUUUCUCCGUCCAGCCCAGUGAGGGCCCCUGUCUUCCCGUCCAGCCCAGAGAGGGCUCCAGUUUCCCUGUCCAGCCCAGUGAGGGCCCCUGUCUCCCCGUCCAGCCCAUUGAGGGCCCCUGUUUCUCCGUCCAGCCCAAAGAGGGCUCCUGUAUCCCCAUCCAGCCCAGAGAGGGCUCCAGUUUCCCCGUCCCGCCCAGUGAGGGCCCCUGUCUCCCCGUCCAGCCCAGAGAGGGCCCCUGUCUCCCCGUCCAGCCCAGAGAGGGCCCCUGUCUCCCCGUCCAGCCCAGAGAGGGCCCCUGUCUCCCCGUCCAGCCCAGAGAGGGCUCCAGUUUCCCUGUCCAGCCCAGUGAGGGCCCCUGUCUCCCCGUCCAGCCCAGAGAGGGCCCCUGUCUCCCCAUCCAGCCCAGAGAGGGCCCCUGUCUCCCCGUCCAGCCCAGAGAGGGCUCCUGUAUCCCCAUCCAGCCCAGAGAGGGAUCCAGUUUCCCGUCCAGUCAAGUGAGGGCCCCUGU